AUGUUUAAGGCCGGGUGUCGCUGGUGCGGCCCAAAACCCCAAGGUUUGAUUAAGCGAAACUACAUCAGGCCUCCUACUUACUUCAACAAGCCCGGGCUUGCGGGACAGCCAGCUCAAAACGUAACGACGCUUCCACUGUAUGCUCCACCGGUCAAGCCGUCCAAAGAGGUAAGAAAGCCAUUCUUGGAAAUCGCAACCGGAAUAGCAGUAUUGGUUCUAUCGUUCUUUGCGCUCGAUAACUACAGAAUACGACUAGGACUGGAGUCUAAGCUAGAGGACCAAUUGCUCAAGAUCAAGAGCGCGCAAGAGCUGUAUAACAAGCAAAUCAAUGCGCAACGUAAAAAGAGAGAAUUGCAGAUUCUGAAUGAGCGUAAGCAGAUGCAGAUGCGGCAGAUGAAGAUAUCACUGCACGUAGCGUUGUUAAGAAAGCAGCUUCUAGAUCACGAUAUCCAGCCAGUUUCGAUUGAGGACGCGUUACAGGAGUACGAGAAAAGUGUCAGGAUGGAGAACAGCAUAAGCAAUGUUAGCGGGACGAGCCUGUGGGUCAUUGACGAUAGCCCCACGAAGGCGUUUGUGCCCAAUGCCAGAGAGUACGACUCUAAGAAGGAGAACAGUUAA